CUUCCGGGUCGCGGCACGGCCCAGCUCUCCUCGCUCCGCGGCGUCUUCCGGACCCGGAAGCGGCAGCCCUGGCCCGCCGGCGGGGGAGGAGGCGGCGCCCGGCCCGGUCCGGUCCGGCCCGGCCCCACGGAGCGGCGCGGCGGCGAGGCCUGUACAUGUGUCCAUGAAACAAGAUGGAGAGAAGAUAGUAUAGUGAAGUGGUGGACUUGUGGACAGAAUGGCUUUCCUGGACAACCCAACAAUUAUACUUGCUCACAUUCGGCAGUCGCACGUGACCAGUGAUGACACAGGGAUGUGUGAAAUGGUCCUGAUAGAUCACGAUGUCGACCUGGAGAAGUUUAAUCCCUCGUCAGCAUAUGGGGACAGUGGUUCAGAAACACAGGGAAGCAAUGGUGAGACUCAGGGCUAUAUAUAUUCCCAAUCAGUUGAUAUUACCUCAAGCUGGGACUUCGGAAUCAGAAGACGAUCAAACACAGCUCAGAGACUAGAACGUCUGCGGAAAGAGAGACAAAAUCAAAUAAAAUGCAAAAACAUUCAGUGGAAAGACAGAAAUACUUCUUACUCAGCAGAGGAGCUGAGUUCACUUUUUGAAAAAAAGAAUUUCAGAGUAAAAUCUCCGUGUUCUGGGAAGCAGUCAAUAUUAUCUGUGCGACUUGAACAGUGUCCGCUGCAGCUGAAUAACCCCUUCAAUGAGUACUCAAAAUUUGACGGCAAGGGUCAUGUUGGUACAACGGCAACCAAAAAAAUUGAUGUCUACCUCCCACUGCACACAAGCCAAGACAAACUACAGCCCAUGACAGUUGUGACGAUAGCAAAUGCCAAGGUGCAUGACCUGAUUGGACUAAUAUGCUGGCAAUAUACAAGUGAGGGACGGGAACCAAAACUGAACGACAACGUCAAUGCCUACUGUCUCCAUAUUGCUGAGGAUGACGGUGAGGUUGACACAGAUUUUCCACCCUUGGAUUCCAAUGAACCCAUUCACAAGUUUGGCUUCAGCACUCUGGCGCUGGUUGAAAAGUACUCUUCCCCCGGCCUGGCAGCAAAACAGUCGCUCUUUGUUCGCAUAAAUGCUGCUCAUGGAUUCUCACUUAUUCAGGUGGACAGUAUGAAGGUCACCAUGAAGGAUAUCUUACAAAAGGCCUUAAAGAGAAGGAAGGGAUCACAGAGAGGCUCAGGUCCUCAGUAUCGGCUGGAGAAGCAGAGUGAACCUAAUGUCCCAGUAGAUUUAGACUGUACCUUGGAGAGCCAGAGCACUUUGGAAUUCUGCCUUGUCCGGGAGAACAGUAUUUCUGGAGACAAGGUAGAGAUAGACCCUGUUACUAAUCAGAAGGCCAGCACUAAGUUUUGGAUUAAGCAGAAACCCAUUUCAAUCGAUUCUGAACUCCUCUGUGCCUGUGACCUUGUGGAAGAAAAAAGCCCAAGUCAUGCAAUAUUUAAACUUACAUAUCUAAGCAAUCAUGACUAUAAACACCUUUACUUUGAAUCAGAUGCUGCUACUGUCAAUGAAAUUGUACUGAAGGUUAACUAUAUUCUAGAGUCGCGAGCAAGCACAGCCAGAGCAGAUUAUUUUGCUCAGAAACAAAGAAAACUGAGCAGGAGAACAAGCUUUAGCUUCCAGAAGGAGAAGAAAUCGGGACAGCAGUAACGCCUAGCCUCGAGGAGAGCCUGUCUGCCGAAUUCGGAGGAGGAGACGCUCCCCACCGCCCGAGACAGGUGGGAGCCAGGACUGUGGUGCUCCUGCUGCCAACAGGCAGGAGCAGCCGGGGAAGAAAUCUGAAUUAUCCCGUCUCUCAACGGUUGGAAGAUUAGCCCUCGUCGGUGAUGGGAAGUCUCCCCUGUGACAAAAAUAAAGAGCCAUAUCAGCCGGAAAGAAGACUGUUACGCUUCAGGUUCCUUUGAUUAGAAAUAAGAGAAUGACGUAGACUGGCAUCAUUUAAUUACUGUAUUAUGUACAAUCACAAGAAGAGAUGUGAUUACAUAUUAUUUCACAGCCUGGUUAAAAUAAAUUAUAUACAUCUGUAAUACACCCACGUACACACAGGUAUUGCUUGUGACAUGAUCAAAUUUCUAAAAACAAAAUGUAGGACAAAUGUAUCCAUUUUUACUAUUAAUAAACAGAUGUAAUCUUUUUCAAGGUCCAUAUGAUGCACAGUUCUUUUGGGGGGAGGCUGUAGUCCCAGAUGGUUUCACUUCUGUUGCUGAAGUGCAGGAGGCAACCGUGAGCCAGGGAACAGCAGCCAUUGCAGGGGAGCUGAUUUGUGAAGAAACACUGAGACAGUCAAGUCUGUUGUGGUUUGUUUUGUUCAAAAAUAUUUUUAUUUAACUGUGCUUUUCAGCUUUGCAUUCGUUUUAUUGGAAGUUACUUGCUGUAGUCAGCCCGGUGUUUUGAAAACCCAGGCAGCAUCUCUGGGCUGAAAGGUGAGCAUCCUCCGGCCCGCGGCCGCCCGUGGGGUCUGCUCUUCCUCUCAGAGACAGCUUGCACCUGAGGACUGAGAAAUGCCUUCACUUUUUCUUAAUAUUAGUCUUUUAAAAUAAAAAUUAAGACCUACUUUGUACUGAGAUUUGUAACUAUUUUGGCCUUGUCCCUCCUUGGUACAUCAGGGGACACAUGAAUGGGAUUACUGGGAACCAGAGCUGCAUUUUUGGUUCAGUUCACCAGAGGUGUCUUUCAUAAAUCUCUCCCAGUCGCUGAAGCUGGAGCUCUCAGCGCCACUGCUGUGGAUUUUGUAUCAAGGAACUGCCGCCGGUUCCGAGUGGCAUUUGACUACAGCCGGGGCCGCAGGGCGGGUGCAGCGCUGCAGGUCCCACGGGCAGAGCGGGCUCCCUCCGGCCCCCAGCCUCGCUGCCGCAGCCUGGCCUGCAGCACCGUGCCUGGCUUUUGUAUAGAGAAAACUCUGAGCCUUAACACAUAGUUUAGGAACAAACACGAAGGCAGAGAGGUCUGUGUGUCACUUACCUGUUGGGUUGAAGUUCUCGGGUUUUAAAGGUUUAGCCCUCCCGAAGCCAGUGUUGGUGCUGCCUCGGGAGGGGAGCCCUGCCCGCGACGUGGAGGCCGGUCUUCACUGUAGUGUCUUCCAUGAUAACUGCAAAAUGAGAGAAUAUUUUAUAGUAUGAUAUUAAAUUUUUUUAAUAUUUUAUAUGUGCAAAUGCAGCACAGAUGCAAUGGGGAAAGACCUUCAAAUAAUGCAAUGUAAAUGACUCCUUUAACCAACUUUGUGAACUAUUUAACAUUAAAGUUGUUCUGUGAAUGUU